CUUCCCAGAACAAAAAACCAACCAUGGCAGAUCUCUCACCUGGUUUUCGAUUCUACCCGACAGAGGAAGAGCUUGUUGCCUUCUAUCUGCACAACCAGCUCGAGGGACAAAGACACGACACCAGCAGGGUUAUUCCAGUCAUUGAAAUCAAUGGCGUAGAGCCAUGGAACCUCCCAACACUUGCAGGGGAGCGUUGUCGUGGAGACACGGAGCAAUGGUUCUUCUUUUCGCCCAGACAAGAGAGAGAGGAGAGAGGAGGUAGACCCAACAGAACCACCGCAAGUGGGUACUGGAAAGCCACUGGCUCUCCUUGCCACGUUUACUCUUCCGACAACAAAGUCAUCGGGAUGAAGAAAACCAUGGUGUUUUACACAGGGAAGGCUCCAUCCGGAAGGAAAACCAAAUGGAAGAUGCAUGAGUACAAAGCCAUUCAACACUCUCACCAAUCCAACGCAACCCCUCCCAAGUUGAGGCACGAAUUCAGCUUGUGUCGUGUUUAUGUUAUAUCGGGAAGCUUUAGAUCGUUUGAUCGACGACCAGUAGAGAUUGGAAGAGCUGAGUUAGGAGUUGAUGGUGAUAGAGGUGGUGGUGCUUCAACAAGUGGUCAAGAGAGAGCAGCGAUGGUGGAUGGAUCAAGCUCUCCUGAUGAUACUUGUCACUCUGGUGAAGCUGGAGAAGAUUGUAAUGCAAGUAAUAGGGUUGAGGAACCACUCUGGGAAUGGGAACACUUAAUUGGACAUGAUGACCCUUAUGUCAAGCAUGCUUAAACAUGGAAAACCUUCUUAAUUCAGUAACAUGUUUAGAUUCUAAGUUCCCAUGGAUGACAAAUUAAUCAUCUAAAUUUAGAUUGGGUUAACUAAACUUCCUUCAUCUCAAGGAACGUGUAAUAUAGGAUAGGUAUUAGACUUGUUUCUAAGAAUUUUUUGUUGUAGGGAAGUGUUUAAAAAGUUUUGUAAGAUUAACUGUUACUAUUUGUUAUUGAUUUGUCCCGGCAAAAUAAGUUUGGGAAUAAGAUCCCAACAUAUAAAAAGGGAAAGUGACGGAUAUUGUCCUUUU